AUGGACUUGAUCGAUUUGCUUGGGUACCUUUACGUAGGAUGCUGGUCAGUUUCUAUGUAUCCACCCCUGUGGAAUAAUAUGAAGCUUCACCAUACUAAAGCGGUUUCUAAGGACUACGUCAUCCUAAAUAGCGUGGGGUAUUGCGCUUUAAUCCUAUCAAUGCUAAUAUACGCUUUACUAUGGGCAGACCCAAAUUCAGAAGUUCAAGAGGAGGCUGUUCAACCAACCUUGACAGUGUUCGACUUCUGGUAUGGUAUUCAUAGCUGGUUUUUGAAUAUGAUGUUAGCAACACAAGUUAUAUGGGGUAGGCACUUGUGGGGGUUUAAGCCAGAGCCAACUAGACGUAUGAAGGUGGUUUAUGUUCGACUCAUAUAUUUAACUUUCAUGUUUGCAGCAGCUAUAACAAUUAACUACCUGUAUCAAAAUUGGGCAUAUGGCCGAAACAAUGUCAACACACUAUUAUACUGCAAUAGACUAUAUUUGAUCAAGAUUACUAUGUCAGUUGUUAAAUAUAUUGCACAAAUUAAGCACAAUUUCGAGCAUAAGUCGAUGAAAGGGUUCCCGAUGUUGAGUGUAAUGCUAGAUGCGUUGGGAGGUAUAUUUUCUCUCGUCCAAUUGGUGCUUCAGCUGGCAAAAGCACCCGAAUUCACUAUGGCAGUAUUUAUAGCCAACUUUGGUAAAAUUGGAAUUGGAAUGGUAACCCUUUUCUUCAACUUCAUAUAUGUAUCUCAAUGGUUGUUAUAUAGGUAA